AUUGGUGGCCUGGCGCCUGGAUCGCUGUACGUGGCCUGGCCUAAGAGUUUGGCACAGCAGGCCGGAACUCCCACCAGUGCUUUCAAGACACAGAUGUUCAAACUAUCGAGAAUGCAUAUGAGAAUGCAGGUGCCACCGCGACACAUCCUAAGGCAUACGGCGGCACGACCCAGGGGAAGAAAGAAUCUGGUUAA